AUGGGAAAACAGAACAGCAAGCUGACUCCCGAGGUGAUGGAGGACCUGGUGAAGAACACAGAGUUUAAUGAACACGAGCUCAAACAGUGGUACAAAGGCUUCCUGAAGGACUGUCCUAGCGGCAGACUCAACCUGGACGAGUUCCAGCAGCUCUACGUCAAGUUCUUCCCUUACGGCGACGCGUCGAAAUUUGCACAGCACGCCUUCAGGACCUUUGACAAGAAUGGUGACGGGACCAUUGAUUUCCGAGAGUUCAUCUGCGCUCUGUCCAUCACGUCCCGUGGAAGCUUUGAGCAGAAACUCAACUGGGCAUUCAAUAUGUAUGACCUGGACGGUGAUGGCAAAAUAACCCGGGUGGAGAUGCUGGAGAUAAUUGAGGCCAUUUACAAGAUGGUGGGCACGGUGAUCAUGAUGAAGAUGAAUGAGGAUGGCCUGACACCGGAGCAGAGGGUGGACCGGAUCUUCAGCAAGAUGGACAAGAACAACGACGACCAGAUCUCGCUGGAGGAGUUCAAGGAGGCGGCGAAGAGCGACCCCUCCAUUGUGCUCCUCUUGCAGUGCGACAUGCAGAAGUGA